UUUUAUUCAACGUUUCACUACUUUUGUUGGUGGAUUCCUCCUCGGAUUUGUCAGUGGUUGGAAACUUACACUGGUUAUUAUUGCUGUCAGUCCUCUCAUCGGUCUUGGAGCUGCUUUCAUGGCAUUGUCUGUCUCAAAACUGACUGGUCUUGGACUAAAGGCUUAUGCUAAAGCUGGUGCUGUAGCAGAUGAAGUGCUUUCUUCCAUAAGAACAGUGGCUGCAUUCAGUGGUGAGAAAAAAGAGGUUGAAAGAUAUGACAAAAAUUUGGUGUUCGCUCAACGCUGGGGUGUUAGGAAAGGCAUGAUAGUGGGAUUUUUCACUGGCUACGUGUGGAUGAUCAUCUUCUUCUGCUAUGCUCUAGCAUUUUGGUAUGGGUCUCAACUAGUCAUAGAGCAGAACGAAUAUACACCUGGAGGUCUUUUACAGGUGUUCCUGGGAGUACUAGUAGCUGCUAUCAAUCUUGGUCAGGCUUCACCUUGUUUGGAGACAUUUGCCUCUGGCCGUGCCGCUGCCACAAAUAUAUUUGCAACUAUAGACCGAGAGCCUGAGAUUGACUGCAUGUCAGAAGAAGGAUACAAAUUGAAUAAAGUAAAAGGCGAUAUUGAAUUCCAUAAUGUAACCUUCAAUUAUCCCUCCAGGCCAGAUGUUAAGAUUCUUGACCGGCUCAAUAUGGUGAUUAAAGCAAGUGAAACAACAGCCUUUGUUGGACCAAGUGGGUCUGGUAAAAGCACAACAGUACAGCUCAUUCAGAGGUUCUAUGAUCCUAAACAUGGAAUGGUCACUCUGGAUGGCCACGAUAUCCGCUCUCUGAACGUCCAAUGGCUACGUUCUUUGAUUGGAGUUGUUGAACAGGAGCCCGUCUUGUUUGCCACCACCAUCGAAGAGAAUAUUCGCUAUGGUUGUGAUGGUUUGACAAAGGACCAGAUUGUCAGAGCAGCCAAGGAAGCUAAUGCAUACAACUUCAUUAUGGAUCUGCCAGAGAAAUUUAAUACUCUUGUAGGCGAAGGUGGAAGUCAAAUAAGUGGAGGACAAAAGCAACGUAUUGCCAUUGCUCGAGCUCUUGUGAGAAACCCCAAAAUUCUGUUGCUGGACAUGGCAACUUCAGCACUAGACAACGAGAGUGAAGCAACUGUUCAAAAUGCACUGGACAAGGUUCGGUUGGGUCGAACAACAAUCUCUAUCGCUCAUCGUUUAUCCACAGUAAGAAAUGCUGAUGUGAUCAUUGGUUUUGAGCAUGGAAGAGCUGUAGAACGGGGAAAACAUGCAGAACUACUUGAAAGAAAAGGGGUUUAUUUUACUUUGGUAACUCUGCAAAGCCAGGGAGAUAAGGCUCUCAAUGAUAAAUCAAGGCAAACAAAUCGCCCGCUUGAAGAACCAACAAUUGAAAACCAACAGGCUUUCAGAAGAGGGAGCUAUCGAGCAAGUUUACAAUCCUCAAUUCGUCAGCGUUCUAGGUCUCAGACGUCAAACCUACUUGCUGAUCUGUCUGUGCCCGGAGAUGUUGCUUCAACUGUCCGUCUUUCCUCUGGGUAUCUUGAUGAUAAAGACAAGAUAUUUUCUAUGCAAAAUGAAGAAGAGAAAAGGAAUCAGAUCAAUUCAAUAUGCUUAUUUUUUGUUAUUGUCGGAAUUAUAUCAUUUCUGACACAGUUCCUACAGAGCUACUUUUUUGCCAAAUCUGGUGAAUUGUUGACACGACGACUCCGAAAGUUAGGUCUCCAAGCAAUGUUAGGACAAGAUAUUGGAUGGUUUGAUGAUCGCAAGAACAGCCCAGGGACAUUAACAACGAGGCUUGCAACAGAUGCAUCACAGGUUCAAGGGGCGACUGGAUCUCAGAUUGGAAUGAUAGUGAAUUCUCUCACCAACAUAGGAGUGUCCUUGAUCAUCGCUUUCUACUUUAGCUGGAAACUAACUUUGGUUAUACUCUGUUUUCUACCCUUUCUGGCAUUGUCUGGGGCUCUGCAAGCUAAAAUGUUAACAGGAUUUGCAAAUCAGGAUAAGCAAGCCCUUGAAGUUGCUGGCCAGAUUUCCAGUGAAGCCCUGAGUAACAUCCAAACUAUAGCUGGCCUAGCAAAGGAGAAAAUGUUUGUGCAAUUGUAUGAGACACAGCUAGAAGCCCCUUACAGAGCUGCAAUUAAAAAAGCCAAUGUUUAUGGCUUAUGCUUUGGUUUUGCCCAAUCUAUAAUCUUCAUGGCCAAUGCUGCAUCAUAUAGAUUUGGCGGUUAUUUGGUUGUUGCUGAAAACCUUCACUUCAGCAUUGUAUUCAGAGUGAUUUCUGCCAUAGUAACAAGUGGCACAGCACUGGGAAGAGCCUCAUCAUAUACCCCAGACUACGCAAAAGCUAAGAUAGCUGCUGCACGCUUUUUUCAACUGAUUGACCAAGUUCCCAAAAUCAAUAUCUACAAUGAUGAAGGGGAAAAAUGGGACAACUUUAAAGGAGGAAUUAACUUCAUUGACUGCAAAUUUACAUAUCCUUCUCGGCCAGACUGCCAAGUUCUUAAUGGCCUUUCAAUUUCAGUCAAGCCUGGGCAAACACUUGCUUUUGUUGGCAGUAGCGGAUGUGGAAAAAGCACUACCAUGCAACUGCUUGAGCGAUUUUAUGACCCUAAUGAGGGGAAAGUGUUAAUUGAUGGCCAUAACACAGAGAAUGUCAACACUGUCUUCUUAAGAUCUAAAAUUGGAAUAGUGUCCCAGGAGCCUGUCCUUUUUGACUGCAGCAUUGCAGAGAAUAUUAAAUAUGGUGACAACAACCGUCAAGUCAGUAUGGGUGAAGUUAUUGAAGCUUCAAGGAAAGCUCAGCUCCAUGACUAUGUGAUGUCAUUACCAAAAAAAUAUGACACUAAUGUGGGUGCCCAAGGUUCUCAGUUAUCGCGUGGACAGAAACAACGUAUUGCUAUAGCUCGAGCCAUUAUCCGGGAUCCAAAAAUUCUUUUACUGGAUGAAGCAACAUCUGCAUUAGAUACAGAAAGUGAAAAGAUCGUCCAAGCUGCUUUAGAUGAAGCAAAGCAAGGAAGAACUUGCAUCGUGAUUGCACAUCGGCUGUCAACCAUUCAGAACUCAGAUAUUAUCGCUGUCAUGUCUCGAGGACUCAUUAUUGAGCAGGGAACUCAUGGGGAGCUAAUGGCUCUUAAAGGGGCUUAUUAUAAACUUGUCACAACUGGUGCUCCAAUCAGUUAAGCAGUGUUAAACUAAAUCUGCACUGUUUAUUAGACA